UGUUGCCCUCACAAUGUUCACUCAUUGAGGGCGGAACGGUUUCAAUUUUUUUUUUGUCAACUUUAUUGAAGCAGACAGUGUCAUCGCCAAUGAGUCAGUGAGUCAGCUCUGAAACAAUGAGGCUGGUGCAUGUUCUAUUGUGGUUGGCUGUUGUUUGCCACUGGUCUGAUACCACUUUGUCAAAGACUGACUCAAAGAAAGCUUCCUCGAAAUCUCUGGAUUCAAAGACUCGCCUGUCUGAUGUUUCUGUGCAGUCCCGAGGAUUGGUUACCACUGACAUCAAAGCCAAAGACAUUGUGCUUGACCAUCAGAGUUACUGUGCCAAAAAGGUUGCGGAGCGUCAUGUUUCCGGCGAUGUACUGGGAUACGUUACACCGUGGAACGGUCAUGGCUACGAUAUUGCAAAAAUAUUUGCAUCCAAAUUCACCCUGGUCUCUCCAGUCUGGCUGCAGAUCCGAAGAAAAGGCAGACAGUCCUACCAGGUGACCGGGCUGCAUGAUGUAGACCAAGGAUGGAUAAAAGACAUAAAAAGAAAUUCAAAAAGUACAAAAAUCGUACCACGGAUCCUUUUUGAUGGGUGGAGUUACCAGGACUUUGAGAGCGUGUUCAGUAGUGAAGAUGAGAUAGAAGAUCUCUCAGAUGCCAUGGUGCAGAGCGCAAAGGAUGAACAAUUUGAUGGUUUUGUGGUGGAGGUUUGGAGCCAGUUGGGUGGACAGAGGCGACAGGAGCUGGUUCAUAUGCUGACACACAUCGGGACGGCUCUCCACCAGGCCAAGCUUCAGUUCAUCCUUGUUAUUCCUCCAGCAGUAGCACCUGGAACUGACCAGUUGGGCAUGUUUGGGAAAAAAGAGUUUGACCUGUUGGCUCCUUAUGUGGACAGCUUUAGUCUCAUGACUUAUGAUUAUUCAAAUCCACAAAGGCCAGGUCCCAAUUCCCCCAUUUCAUGGGUGCAGGCUUGUGUUCAGAUUCUGGAUCCUGAAUCCAAAUGGAGAAAGAAGAUCCUUCUUGGGCUGCAUUUUUAUGGGAUGGAUUACUCUGCACUGGGAGCCUCCGGUGAGCCGAUUCUGGGGAGCAGGUACAUCGAUAUACUGAAGGAGCACAAGCCGAAGCUCUUGUGGGACCAGCACAUUGCAGAACAUUACCUGGAAUAUAAAAAGAAUAAAGGUGGAAAACACGCAGUGUUCUACCCAACGCUGAAGUCAAUACAAGUGCGUCUGGACCUCGCAGAGGAGCUGGGUACUGGAAUAUCCAUCUGGGAGCUAGGACAAGGCUUGGACUAUUUCUAUGACCUUCUAUGAUUCCACCAGGUCGAGUUACAAGCCGGUGCUACUUCUGUAAACUGAAGUGUUCAAUAAAAGGAACAACAAUCAGCUGUUUAGUAAUACGGAACAGAUCAGCCAUUGCCCCUGGUAGCUGAGAACUCGUCGUCGUUACUUGAGUAACUUAAAAUUGAAAUGAUAAGAUGGAUUGUUCAAGGCUAGAUUUCCAUGGCUCUUUUGUUUUCUUUUUCACCCUCUUUUUAAUUGUCUUUAGUUAAUUUCCACUGAAAAGAGUGAAGCUUGCAGGUACAGUACCUCCAAGUCAAAAUUCUAAAUACAUUUACUUAGCGUUUUGUUUUUUUUCUAAAAGAAAUCUAUAUAUGCUUUUUAGUAGACUAUUUUUCCUGUUUGUAACCGACUACCGUCAAUCAUACCCUUAGGAUAGAGUUCAUCCAAUAAUUUAGGCUUUUACAGAAGCUUGGGUGAUUAAUCCCAGCUCUGCCUUGGUAUGUUUGUUGGGUGGUGAUGGACUGGUAAGUUAGUGCUCUGGACCAGUAAGUUUCCGUUACACCAGUCACUGUGCUUUACAAGCUAUGCUCUUUUACAGUUGUGCACUAUUCCCAUGUUGGCCUUUCCUGCUUUCAAUCAUGAUUAGAAGAUAUUGGGACAUUAAUAGUUGAAGAGAAAAUAAUGAACAGACGUACGCAAGUGCAAAAAAUGAUAUCAAUGCUCGUAAAUUGAUUUGAUUCCAAUACAUGAAUGCUGCAACUGUGGGUUAUCUGUAUUCUGUCUGACCUAGACACCAUGCUGAUCCGUAUUGGAAAUAUGUUUUUAUUUUUUAAAUCUGAACCAUAAAAAAAAUCCAAGAAAA